UCUUGAUAUCAACAUGGUUGCUCAUUUGAGUGAUUUUGGAUUGGCAAGACUAAUCCCACCUGGUGAAGUCAUUUCUAAUGAACAAAGCAGCACGAUUGGUAUAAAGGGAACCGUUGGCUAUGUACCUCCAGAAUAUGGAAUCGGUUCCAAGACAUCAAUACAAGGUGACAUGUAUAGCUUCGGGAUUCUCGUCUUAGAGAUGUUAACUAAAAGAAGACCCAAUGAAGAUAUGUUUGAAGAUGGUCAUCAUCUUCAAACAUAUGUGAAAGUUGUAUUUCCAGGCAAGCUUUUAGAAGUUGUGAGCCCAAGCAUUCUUCCACGACAAUCAGAAAAUAUAGGGGGAACUUCAAGCGACUCAUCGAAGAACAUGAUGCAAAUCCAUCCCAGUGUUGAGAAAUGCUUGCGUUCUUUAUUUAAGGUCGGACUCACAUGUUCACUGGAAUCACCUCAUGAAAGAAUGAAUGCAAUUGAUGUCCUCAGGGAGCUAAAUUCUAUCAAAAGUUUCCCCCUUUAUGGUGAGUACAACAUCGCCUGA